GUUUUAUAAAUAAUCAUUUGAGCCGCUUUGGCAGCUUGAAUGAUUAGUUAAGUACAUUGGUUUUUUACGCAAUAUAUAAAUGAGUAUAAGUGAAUACAUAAAUGUGUGUGUGUGACAAAUGGAACUAGUUUAUGUUUCAAAGGAAUUUUAUUAAAACAAAUCAUGUUAAGAUUGAAUUUUGGUGAUAAAAAUUAAUUACUUGUAUAAUCAAAAAAAUUGCUCCAAUUUUUGUAUAUAAAUAUUGAGAUAAAAUGAUUGAGGUAGUUGGAAAAUUAUUGAAUGGUACUGCAUAUUUUUCUGGAGAAGUAAUAGAAUGUUAUAUUACAUUUAGUAAUCCGUUAAAUCCUUAUCAUCAAAAAUCUCAAAGCCACAGCGAUGUUUUUGAAGGAUUAGCAUGGGCAAGUGCUCAAGUUCAUUGCCAAUGUUCGGUCAAUGAUAAAAUUGUUUUUGUAGAAAAAAUUAAUGCUAUAAAUCGAACAAAAGCUAUAAAUACAGAUACGACAUUUGCUCCAUGGCAACAAGAUAAUGGAUAUGCAGUUGUAAAUACUAAGCCAAAAAUUUUGUUUUGUGAUCUACGUCUAUCACCUGGAGAAAGCAAAACAUAUAUUUACAGAGAAACUCUUCCAAGUGAUGCACCACCAUCAUUUCGUGGACAUGCAGUUAAAUAUGUUUAUAAAAUAACAGUGGGCACUCAAAGAGUAAAUUCGCCGAUAAAAUUACUUAAGAUUCCAUUUAGAGUAUUAUCAUUAAGUGAACUACCAGAAGUAACGAUAUGCAAUGAUAGUGUAGAUUUGAGUCCAAAUAAUCCUUUUUUGGAAACACAAGAACGUGAUACACCCUUAGAUGUAGCAUUACAAACACUCCAAAAUUUGACAGCUCGAAGAAGUCCAAAUUUUUAUAAUAUAACAAAUGGACGAGGAAGGGUUGUUCGUUUUUGUUUAUUUAAAAAUUCUUAUAAACUAGGGGAAGAUAUUAUCGGCACAUUUGAUUUUUCUAAUGCUGCAGUAUCAUGUAUUCAAGUAUCAGUAGGUUUACAAUCUGAAGAACAUGUCAUUGAUGAAUACAACCGGAGCAAAAGUAAUCCAACGCUAGUUAAUUAUUAUAAACAUCAUGAAGUUUGUUUUGGAUUAAAAUAUUCCCAAUUGAUACUACCAAUUCCACUUCAUGUAACACCCGACUUCUCAACAAAUUUGAUAACUCUCAAAUGGCGAUUGCAUUUCGAAUUUGUAACAGCAACAAAAUUAGUUGAAAUUCCAGACAAGACAACAUUUAAUUGGCAAGCACCUUCAAAUUUAGACGUUGAAACAAUGAUUUGGGAUCUUCCACUACAUAUUUAUCCUUCUACAUAUCCACCUACUACUGCUUUGUUGACUAAAUAUAAUAUUCUUAUAUAAAUAUCAGACAUAAUAAAUAUAAACUUUUAUUUAUAAACACAAUAAUAAUAUUAAUAAUAUGAAUUUGUAUGAUAAAGUCAAUAAUAAAUCUUUGAUAAAAAG